CGAGAACGCAAGUCUUUCGAGUGUUGGUUUCUAGAUUGACCCAUUGCUUCAAGUUUUUUCGUAUCUUUUCACCAUCACUACACCUCAGACGCCACACUAGCAUGCAGGCCUUCCACCUCCUCUCUCGUGGAGGUGUACAGUUCGACAAAAAACGCUUCAAGAAGGAUGUCGAUCUGUUUAACAGUACCACGAAACCCAAGGGUGGAUCGAAAGCCGUCAAGACGUCAGCAGAGGGUGAACUCCCGGCAGAGCUCGACUUUUUCAAGUACGCCAAGGGUGGUUCUGGUACGAAACGCAAAGCUGCUAGUGCAUCAGGAGAGGCUGAGUCGAGUGUGAGGAUGGGGAAGAAACGGAAGACGAGUGAGGACAGCGAGGAAGAGGACGAUGAGGACGAUGAUGAAGACGAGGAAGAUGACGAGGAGGACAAGGAAGACCACGAUGAUGCUCCGUUGCGGCCUAAACAACGCGUUACGGCGAAAGGAUCCAACGUCCCUGCAGCGGCAGAUACUUUUGAAGACUUGGCCAAGCGCUACCACAUACCCCCUCUCAUAGUGUCAAACAUCGCAGAGUACGGAUAUCAAUAUCCUACGGGUAUUCAGUCUCAUGGCAUACCCAUUCUGAUGGAGUCUCGCGACCUCGCCGCGAUAUCACCCACAGGAACCGGUAAAACCCUAUCCUACCUCCUACCCCUCAUGUCCCAACUCGGCUCUCCAUCCUCCAGCUCUUCAUCAGAGGCUGGUUCCGGUGUACGAGCCGUGAUCCUUGCACCCACGCGCGAACUCGCACACCAGAUCCACAACGAGUGCUUGAAGCUGGCACAGAAGCGAAAGUGGAGAAUCGUGUUAUUCAGUAAGGCCACAGCAGCGACCCUGGCCGACAAGAAUGUGCGGUCUAAAGUUGACGUUAUCAUCAGUACUCCCCUGCGACUGGUCACGUCUCUGCAGUCCGGAGACCUCGAGCUCAACAAUGUUCGUCAUCUCGUAUUGGACGAAGCAGAUCGAAUGCUCGACGCGGAGUUCCUAGACCAAGUUCAAGAAGUCAUCGCUGCUUGCACACAUCCAAAAAUUCAAAAGGCCGUCUUCAGCGCCACCCUCCCUGCAUCUGCAGAAAAAGUUGCCAUGGGCAUGCUCAACGAUCCCAUUCGCGUCGUUGUCGGUCUCAAAGAUACCCCCCUUCCACUGAUCUCUCAAUCCCUUACCUACGUCGCCGACGAUGCCUCAAAACUUCCCACACUCCUCACCUAUCUCUCCCAACCAUACAACCCACCCCUCCUCAUCUUCGUUUCCUCACAACCCAGAGCUUCCUCCCUCGCCGAAGAACUCGUCAUCUCCAGUGUCCCCAACGUCGACGUUCUCCACGCCGGUAUGAGCAGAAAAGAGAGGGAAGACGCGGUCGGUCGAAUGAGAAAGGGUGAGAGUUGGGUUAUGGUGACUACCGAGGUCAUGGCGAGAGGUAUGGAUUUCAAAGGGGUACGGGAGGUCGUGAAUUACGAUUUUCCGCGGAGUGUGCAGAGUUAUGUGCACAGAGUUGGUCGAACGGGAAGAGCAGGGCGUGAAGGAAAGGCAAUAACAUAUUUCACGAACGACGAUGCACCCUUCCUGAAACCAAUCGCCAACGUCCUCCUCCAAUCUGGUUCCUCAGUCCCCGAGUGGAUCCUCAAGCUCCCCAAACCUUCCAAAAUGAAGCGAAAGCAGAUGGGCAAGGUACAGCGCGCGGAGGCCGUCAAUCCGGCCAGGAGGAUAGGGCGGAGCGAGGCGAUCAAGAAGCGAGAUAUGGUGGCUGCCAGUAAGAGGCGGAAAGGGAAAGAUGAGAAGAAGGGGGACAGUAAAGAAGAGGUGGAAGAGGGAUCGGACUGAUAUUCGACGCUCUCUUUAUGAUAUUUCACUGCUCAAUAUCACCAUGCUUUGCCCCAGGUGGCGUUUUCAACAUUCGUCGAUACUACGUUGCCGC